AUGGUUUCCAACCCAUUUGUUGACAGUGUUGAGCUGUCAAAACAGUCGGAAGUCAUCACCGAAGUCACCAAGGAUGUGGGCAGUACAGUCCAAGAGCUGAAGGGGGUGGAAAGGUCCCAUCAAUGGGAUCCAAACCUGCCUCAGGAGAAGAUUGAUGCCAUCAACGAGGCCGGCAGUGUAGAAGAUCAAGAGAGAGCUGCUGAUUUCGAGAAGUCAGCUGCUCAAGACUCCCAGUACGAAUCUGUGCGUGCUGCUGUGCGAAAUACAGAUGACGGAGAGAUGGCGAAUACGGUGCGCGCGUGGAUUUUGGGUAUGCUAUUUACAACGAUUGGGAGUGGACUCAAUAUGUUCUUGAGCAUGAGGAGCCCUGCAAUCUCGUUCCCUGCCAUUGUUGUACAAUUGCUUGUGUAUCCAAUUGGUUGUCUAUGGGCCAGAGUGAUUCCAACCAGAAAGUUCAACACUUUUGGUGUUGAAUGGACCUUUAACCCGGGACCCUUUACCAUCAAAGAACAUACAGUUAUUACGCUCAUGGCAAAUGUGUCAAUCGGCUAUGCGUACUGCACCGAUGCACUAUUGGCUCUGAAAGCACCAUCGUUGUACAAUUUGGACAUUGGCUGGGGCUUUGAGCUUCUAUUUGCGUUGAGCAGUCAAAUCGUUGGCAUUUCUCUCGCAGGAAUCUUCCGUCGUUUCCUUGUGUGGCCCGCUGCUAUGAUUUGGCCUACCCAAUUUGCCAAUACAACCUUGUUCUAUGCAUUGCAUGAUAAGAGUCCCUCUGAUCCCUCGCAGACCAAUGGAUGGUCUAUUUCACGAUACCGCUAUUUCAUGUAUGUCAUGAUUGGCGCGUUCUGCUGGUAUUGGUUUCCUGGAGUCAUCUGGCAAGGACUUUCUAUUUUCGCUUUCGUGACUUGGAUCAAACCCAACAACGUCGUGGUGAAUCAAUUAUUCGGUGGCUUCACUGGACUUUCACUUAUUCCUUUAACCUUUGACUGGACCUAUGUCUCCGCAUACCUCCUCGAUCCUCUUCUAUCACCCGUCCAUUCAAUCAUGAACACCUUUAUUGGACUAGUAGUCUUCGUGAUAAUUGCAUCCAUUGGAAUCUCUUACACAGGAGCAUUCUAUUCUGAUUAUCUCCCCAUCAACACAUCCACUACCUAUGACAACACACAACAGCAGUAUAAUGUCAGCAAGAUCCUUGGCGAUAAUUUCUCAUUCGAUGACGCAAAGUACAAGGCUUAUUCACCAAUGUUCCUCGCUCCUACAUUCAUCCUGAACUACGGUCUGUCUUUCGCCGCCUUGACGGCAGUCAUCGUUCACGUCAUCCUCUACCACCGAAAAGAGAUUUGGUAUCGUGGAAAAGCCGCUCUCAACCAAGAGUCAGAUAUCCAUUUAACGCUCAUGAAGAAGUAUAAAGAAGCCCCUGAGUGGUGGUAUGGAGCGCUAUUCUUGAUUUCCAUUGCGCUCGGACUAGGAGGUGUACUUGGAUAUGAUUCACAGUUGCCAUGGUGGGCGUUCUUCGUAUCUCUCAUCAUCGCCGUGAUCUUCAUUAUUCCAACUUGCAUGAUCAUGGGUGUCACCAAUAUUACGCUGUCUCUUAAUGUUCUCUCGCCAUUUUUGGCCGGUUUCAUGAUUCCCGGAAAGCCGAUCGGUGUCAUGGUGUUCAAGGUCUUCAGCACAAUUACACUGGGACAAGCUCAGGUCUACUGCCAAGAUAUGAAGCUGGCUCACUAUAUGAAAAUCCCACCCCGAGUUACUUUCAUGUGUCAAGUGAUCCCAACAUUAUGGGCUUGUUUUGUUCAAAUCGCGGUCAUGAAUUGGACUCUGGGAAAUAUUGAGGAUGUCUGUACAGAGGAUCAAUCCGCAAAUUUCUCGUGUCCUAAUGGACGAACCUUUUUCUCAUCGAGUAUUGUCUGGGGUGUAAUCGGCCCACAACGUAUCUUUGGACCCGGUUCAAUCUAUACACCGAUCUUAUAUUUCUGGUUGCUCGGAGCCCUGCUCCCAGUAGCAUUCUACCUCCUCAUGCGAUUUUUCCCCAAAUCCAAGGCUCGAUUCCUUAAUGCACCAGUUAUGCUGGGUGCCAUGUCCUGGCUUCCUCCGGCAACACCAAUCAGUUACACAUCCUGGGUCAUUUUUGGACUCAUUUUCAACUACUGGAUUCGACGCAGAUGGGGUGGCUGGUGGCGACAGUACAAUUAUGUUACUGCCGCGGCACUUGAUACCGGACUUAUUCUUUCGACGAUUGUCAUUUUCUUCGCUAUCACUUUCCCGGGUGUAGCGGUGCCCAAUUGGUGGGGAAACACCGCUCCGUUUGAGACCAUGGAUUCCCUAUAUACGGCAAUUCGGAAGACGGUUUCGGGUGGAGAUACUUUUGGACCAGCUACCUGGUAA